AGGGACUAAGGGGAGAGCUCCCCUCAGUGCAGCCGGUCUGCCAAAGCACUGAGCAAGCUCAGAAUAUAUUCAAAGCAUAUCUACCGAUAAGGCUUUUUUUGUCUGCCUCCGUUGUGUGGUAUCAUCCGCUGUGACGGAGAGAAGUCGGAAGGGAUGCUUAAGUAACGCGGGAUGCUGUGGAGUGAAAACAUCGUGGGAGGAAGGCUCAGAGUGAACCAGCGGGUGGUGAAACACGAAUGGCUUCCCCAGAGCUGCUUCCCGCAAAGGAGGGAGGAAAACAACCCGACAUUUCCGACGCCCUUGACCGCGUUUCGGCCAAGCUGCAUGCCCGCAAGUCGAGUGGAUCAACAGGAGGAGCGAUCCCGGGGGAGGGCGCCUGUAACCCGGUCCGCAGCUGCCAUGGCCGGUGUCUUUCAACACCAAGGACAGCGCAGCGCAAGGCGGGCGCGGAGAUUAAACUUGGUCACCUCGGUGAGGAAAAAAUUCGAGUUUGUUGCGACGAGGAAUUAGAGACAUCUUUCACCUAUAUCGACGAGAAUGUCAACCUGCGACUGGCCAGCCCGGAGUCUAGUUGCAAAAGUACUCACAGAGCCGUGCGCAACGGCGAGCCCUGCUCUGAGACUCUCCCCGAGCUUUCUUUUAUGUCCGAGGAUGAUCUCUCCUUCGGGGAGGGCUCCGGGAAUUCUAUAGACUACGGCUUUAUCAGUGCAGUCACGUUCCUGGUAACCGGGAUCUCGUUGGUGAUCAUCUCCUACGCUGUGCCCAGGGAUGUGGUGGUGGACCGCGAUAGCGUGUCGGCGAGAGAGAUGGAGAAGCUGGAGAUGGAAAGCGCCCGGAUAGGUGCCCACCUGGAUCGCUGCGUCAUCGCGGGACUCUGCUUGCUCACGCUGGGCGGCGUGGUGCUCUCCACGCUGCUGAUGAUCUCCAUGUGGAAGGGAGAGAUGUAUAGAAGAAAGGUCAUCGCUUAUUCCAAGCGUUCGGCCAAACUGUACGGCUCGAUCAACCUGAAAACUAGAUCCAGUCCCAGCCACUCAUCCGGGCAGUAUUCCUUAGAAGAUGAAGUGGAGGAAACUAUUACCUAAGCUGCUGCUCUGCAUAUAAAAGAAUUGUGAUUAACUGGGAUAUAAUACCAUUCACACUGUCAUUCUCUAACAUAUUCUGUACUUAUAAUUUCAAACUGUAAGUUUGCAACAUUUUUAUCUAAUAGUGUAGCAACAGAUCAAGCCUCCAGUUACAUUUCCACGUGGCAAAAAGAGUGAACAAGAAAAGCAUCCAAAGCAGUUAUUACCAGAAAUCUAUUAUUUGGAAUUAAAUUAUUCCCAAAUGAUCUUUUUAUGACUAAACUAUUAGAAAAAAAGUGCAGGGAGAGCAUUAAGAGCUUUGUGCCACAAACAUUGUAUUUAUUUAUUUUUUUUGGCUCAAGAUACAAUCCCUGAGAGCUUCCAUUUAUUACUAAGGUUAUUCAUAUUUAAUGCAAACACCAAAAUUGCACAUAGGCACAUUUCAGGAAGUAGGGGGAUGCUUGUGUCCCCAGAGCAGGAAAGUGGGAGUAAGAUGGGAUGUAUCGUUGUCCCUGUUUACUGUCACAUGGGCGAAUAGGCUCAGCAGUCCACAUGGUAAUAUCCAGUGACAGUCCCUCUCUGGUGCAGUGCUGAGGUAAGCCAGUAAGGCUGGCUUCAUGCAUCUAAGCCAAAGCUGCACAUUGAUUUGAUAGUUAUGACAAAUUUGACUGCAGUUGACAGCCAUCACAUCCACUCUGCACCUUCCUCUGCUCUCUGUUGAUCUGCCCUGCUCCUCUUUCUCAGCUUCUUGCCUCACCUUCUCGCUGCCACAGCAGAUUUCCCCUCCCCCUGCAGACCUUCAGCAUAUUUUAGACUUACACGCCUGCGGGAGGGGUCCCAAAAGACCACAACCCAAGUGCCUGUUACGUUUCAAGGUUGAGCAAGCCUGUGCUUACCAGUCUCUUUCCAUCUUCUGCUACCUGAGGAUGGACUUAAGAACAGCUAAUCACAGAUGAAAGCGCUGCCCUAUUUCCCAAAUGGAAAGCUGUCACUACUUCAAAGAGCUAAUUACCUCUCUUAAGUGAUGUCUCACUCUUUUUUAAAAGGUUAUGUUUGAUGUUAUCACACUGAUUUGCUGAGUAAAAAAAGAGAGAGAGAAAAGAAAUGCAGGUGAGCACAUAGAGCUUAGGAAAAGAGGUUUAUCCUGUGCAGACUUGCUAAAAAUGUUAAUGCUCUAGUGACCUGACAAGGUGAAGACCUGCUUCUGUCUCUUGGUUGAGGAGGAAUUCACUUUGGUCUAGGCUUAGUCUGAGUUAAAAGAACCUUAUGUUUCUCCUUGAUGGUUUUUAAUGCAGGCUGAAAAAAAACCUAUUAAAAAUCUCACACAAUUGUCUUUAAAAAAAAGUCAUUUUUUGCACUUAAGGCUCAUAAAUCAUGCAUGAAGCGCUAAUUCUUAUUUGCAUAUAUUCUUAUGAACAGCCAAAUGUUGCAUUCUGCAAGACGAGUUCAAGUGACUCUUACUGUUACCUUAGUCCUUUCUUUUCUCGGGCUGUGUGACCCUAUUUCAAGGCUUACAUUCAAAACGACAUGAGUCAGCCUCUAUUAAUGAGAUGCGGAGGCUUAUUAGUCGAUGGUAAACAGCUCGGGGCUGUUGCUGUGCUUUUGUUUGUUUGUAUUGCUUCUAUAUACUGUCAGAGCAUAUACAUGCAUUCUGAAUGACAUUCAGUUGAUGGAAGAUGGGAGAUGAUGGAAAAAUGGCCUGACAUUUAUGUAUGAGCCCGGAUUUUGUCAACAAUGGACUAAUGCAAGUUUUUGUUAUUAGAGCAUUUAAUUUCCUGUGUGUACAUCCCUGAAGAGCAACCAUUAUAUUUCAAAAUUGCAAUAAAACACUAAAUGCAGACAUUUCCAGGAAAGGUAAUAAAAAUUAAUGAUCCAAAUAAGGCAAAUUGUCCUGUUCUCUUCAUAGGAGCUGUAAAUCUUAAUCAUAUUUCAAUGAGAGGGCUUUCCUGGUCUCGUUGGCUGAGGAGGUGAAGUGCAACAUCCAAGUUGGGUUGCUAGAUUCUCAUUUCUUCCCACACUUCCUCUUUCUUUCACACUCCCCAGCAAUUCUUCAUAAAAUUAAACCUGUUCAUCACUGAUAGGUCAACACCAACGGAGCCACUGCCAAAAAUUCUGAAUGAUACUAUUGAGCAAUUGGAUCAAAAUCCAGAAAUAUAACACUGCACUGCCUUUAAUUUACAAAUGUUGCAACAUCUGUGACAAUGUCACUCUUGUAACACACAGAAGGCCAUAAAUCCCAGAGGGGGGCACACAUCAAACUCACAUCAAAGAGCAUCAUGUGUGGUAUAUAAUGCAUUAUGCUGUAGGUUUUCACAUACUAUUCUUUUCCUGCUCCCAUUUUUCCUCUGUAUCUCCCAUUCUUCUUUCUGUCCUCCUCCUCACAGCCAACACCGGGCUUCCCCUCAUACAGCCAACUAAAUGUGUUCGGGGGAUUUAAUCAGGGGAUUUGCUUGAAGCGACAGCAUUUUACACGCCAAGCUCAAGUGUAUUUCCAGAGGUUUCAUGCAUAAGCUCUUUAUCCUUCAGCAGUGCACAGCUAAAUCACCCUUAUUGAUAUUUGGUUGACUUCUCCGUAAGUCGAUCCUUUCGGGUAAGGCUGAGGUGCAGUCAAACUGCUGCCAUCAGCUAAUUUCCCAAAGGUGAUAUUACACUCCCCAUCCUGUCAUUGCUAAGACUACACGUAUGUGUGUGAGUAUGGGUGUAUUUAUAUGAGUUGGCAUAGGUGUUACGUGUCACCUUUUCUAGAUUAAAGAGUUGCUGACCUGAAAAUUUCAUUUCAAACUGUUUC